CUUGGACCGAGCCGACUCUGUGCCCGUGUAUACUGGCCUGGCUGCUGAUCCGUCAUGUCUGCUCCGACUUCCACUCUGACACCCAAUCCGACCACCCCAGCGUAUCCGGACGAUGUCGAAUGGAUUACCGCGUACCUCACAAUCCAUAUGCUUAGCGUCCCCAGCCGACGCUACGCCUAUCUGCUGUGGAUUGUCGUCGUGUUCUUCUUCCUGCUCUUUGCAGUCUUGCACUGGACUGGCUCGAGGGGCGGCUCGCUCGGUGCGUACUGGACAAAGUGGGCUAUUCGUCGGAGGACAUGGCGCAAGAAAGGCAAAAUUGCCGCUGCCCGCAAGAAGGGUGAUAUGCGUGCGCAGCCCAUGCCGAUGUCUUCGAACGCACAGAUCCUCUGUUUAGCAGCAAUUAUCCUAGGAAGCCUUGCCCUCUGCUUUGUCGGACCGGACUACAUCGCUCCCGGAAGCAAGGUAUGGCAAUUUGGCCACAACAGUACUAUUAACUCUAUCUCGAAACGCGCUACCUAUGAUAUCUCAAUGUUUACCCAAUACCAACCCCAAUACACUAUACCCAAAGCCUGGUGGACCGUCGGAGGACGCGCAGGUCUCAUUGCAUUUGCUCUAUUCCCCCUAUGUAUUCUAUUCGCACUCAAGGCCCCUCCUUUCGCCAUAUUCGCCAUCCCUUUCAUGAUCCAACUUCACUUCGACAAACUCGCCUGGCUGCACCGCUGGGUCGGCCGAUUAAUAUGGUUCAUCACUGCCUUGCAUGUCGCCUUCUGGAGUAUCCAACUUGCCAAGGACCAACGUGCAGGCACGGGUAAAGUUGCGUAUACUUACGCUUGGCAGUACGAGAAAUUCAUCUACGCCUGGAUCGCCUUUGGCUGCAUGACACUACUGAUAUUAUUAUCUAUUGCGCCGCUGCGUAGGACUCACUAUGAGGCCUUUUAUUUCCUACACAUUCUCUUGGCGCCUCUCACCAUCGUCAUGUCAGCACUACACCAUCCACCUGUCUGGAUCUGGUGCUGGGUCGCCCUCGCGCUUUGGGGAUGCGAAAGACUUUGGAGGGCUACCUGGUGGCUGUCGACCAACGGAUUCUUCGGUAGCUCAGUCCGUGUUCCCGCUGUCGACGAGAAAAUGGCCUUGUAUCAGGGUUCUGGUAAGAGGACCGAGAAGUCUGAGAUGCUCGUACCCACUCCCUUCCCACCACCUGCGAUCAUGCCCUCUGCCUCAGCAUCUCAGCAGACCCUCAUCAGCCCUGUGCCCCCUACUCCCACCUCUGCUAAGGUGAAGCCUCCCCCUUCUGCGUACAAGCCGCCGCACUUGCCUGGAGAAGAGAGCCAAUUAUCAUAUCCGCCCUCUGAAAAUACCGCAUACCCCCCAUCCACGUUCCGGUCCAACUCCUCUGUCGACCUCGCGUCCAUCGCCCCUCCCACUGUUUACUCUUACGUCCCGCCGCCAGGAUAUGCUCACGCGGAGUUGCUGGCGGGUAUGACUGUCCGGCUUCGAUUUAUUACCCCUGGGUAUCUCUCGUGGGCACCGGGACAGCACUUCCUCAUUACGGUCCCUGCCAUCUCAAGAUUUUGUACCCACCCGUUCACAUGUGCGAGCAUAUGCGACGAAGAAGCUCCAGGAGACGAAGGGAGAGAAAUUGUUCUCCUUAUCCGCGCGAAGAACGGGUGGACGAGGGAUUUGUGGGACGAGAUAGUCACGAUGUCAGCUAAAGGCCAGAAAUACCACCCUUCAGAACACCCGCCAGUAGGGAACGGGGAGAAGGGCGCACAAUGGCAGGUGCCCAGCAGAGGUGUGUUGUUGAAGGUUUUCGUGGACGGGCCCUUCGGAAGUGCUAUCAGAGCCAGGUGGGGCGAGAAUUCCACAGCUGUGAUUGUUGCUGGCGGGUCUGGUGUGAGCUUCGGUAUGUCCGUGCUAGAGUAUCUGUGCCUUUGUAUGGCUGGGAGAGAUGGGAAGUUCCUCGGCGGACGACCUGGUGGGUGGGGUAGGAAGGGUUUCCGCCUACGGCGGAUCCGGUUUGUGUGGCUAGUGCGGGAAUUCUCUCAUAUCCAAUGGUGCGCUUCAGUUAUCCGGAGGUGCAUGGCCAUGAUUCCAGAGCCUGGUCUGCGAGUGGAUAUAUUCGUGACCAAUGCCAAAUCGGCGCCGGACCUUCGUCCUCCGCCACAGCUGUCUGCUCCAUCCCAGCAGCCAAAGGGAGCAUCCACCGAGUUCUUAGCUCCUCCUACUCCUCAAUACGCCAAACAGGGACGUGCUCGUUCAGGGUCAACGUCAUCCACAUCGUCUGUGGAAAGCCAGGACGACGCCGCGUCGGUGAACGAGUAUGUUGAUCUCAGCUACUACACCGGAGAGUAUGUAGAUGAGGAGACGUUCUCUGCGGGGGAAUUCGGCGACAUCAACGUGGUUGACCUCACGAACUUCGACGGAGAUGACGACACUGUCUUGCCUGGUGAGGCGCAAUUCAGCAAACGCGUGAAGAAAGAGGGCAAGGUGCGGCGGAGGCAGUCUCGCAAGAUGAAUAAUGCGAAACUCGCGAAGCUGCAAUUGGAAGACAAGGCGACCGAGGAGAGGAGAUCGCGGCAUCGGGACAAUAGGGCCUCUGCGUCUUCGACGGACAGGCUCCUGUCGCCGAUUCUCUCUCCGGCUUCUCCUGUCAGCAAUAAGCGUGCGAGCGCCGCGUCUUCGCAUUAUUCGUUGGGAUAUGCUGACAUGGGCAAUGGACCGAGUGCGGCGUCGUCUUCGGCCACUGUGCUCGAUAACGUUCAUAGUCCGGUCUCGCCUGGCCCGUUCCCUCCCAGUCGCUCGUCUAGCCCUGCGUCUGGGGUCAGAUUCCAGGACGGAAAGGGCGGAGCCCGCGGGAGGUCGGCUGAUUGGGACGCACAGACAACGCACGGCAGCAUCUACGCCAUGAUGCCCACCGUAGGCACUGGAUCGCAUGGAGAGACAGUGAAGCUGGAGGUGGAUGCGCAGGAGAUACGAGAUAUUGGAUUCGUUUCGGAGCACGCCUGGCCUGGGAGACCGAAGUUAGAACGAAUACUCGCGGACGAAGUGGAAGCAUCCAAGGGUUCCGUGAUAGUAGGAUGUUGUGGUCCUAUAUCGCUGAAUGCUGUCGUGCGGAAAGCGAUUGCUUCCCAGAUAAAUCCUGCGCGAAUACGUCGUGGAGAUAUGCGCGGAUCCAUCUCGCUCGUUUCGGAGGAAUUUGAGUAUUAGCCUCGGACUGUACCUAUCCACGAACGGACUUGUUAAUAGUCAAUGUAAACAAACCGGACUUGGUACGGCAACGUAGUUGUAAAUUACGGGUCCUUGUAGAGUCUGUUGCAUGCAUCAUAAUACAUAGUCGUAAUGUACUUAGAAGCG